CUUCACGUUUCUCUAUGCCUCUACCUCUCUCCACCCUCAUUUCUCCGGACUCUUAUCCUUCUAUGGAAUGAGUUCAGUUUUUCUUUUCUCGUGAUUUUAAAUGCAGCGUUGUUUUUAGCCCCCAUAUCAAAUGUGAUAACACUGAAAUCCUGCUCCGUCUACUAUUGAGAGUGUUGAGUCAGCCUGUAAGGUCUGACUGGGUUUUUUUCUGUCCCAUCUGGAAACGCGGCUUUCUGCAGCCUUUGUCCGGCAGACCACAUUUUAUAAAAGCAAUCAGUGUUGUUCGAUCACGGGGAUUUUCUUACAGUACAGACAACAACAUGAGCAAACGGAAGGCACCUCAAGAAAGCCUAAAUGAAGGCAUCACCGACUUUUUGAUAGAGUUAGCCAACUAUGAAAGAAAUGUGAACAGAGCAAUCCACAAAUACAAUGCUUAUAGGAAGGCGGCAUCCGUAAUUUCAAAGUAUCCUUUUAAGAUCAAGAGUGGUGCUGAAGCAAAAAAGUUGGAAGGGGUUGGUGCUAAAAUUGCAGAAAAGAUCGAUGAGUUUCUGGCAACUGGAAAACUAAGGAAGCUUGAGAAUAUCCGUAAAGAUGACACUAGCUCUUCAAUCAAUUUGCUCACAAGAGUGACAGGGAUUGGACCAGCUGCUGCACGAAAAUUUGUGGAAGAAGGAGUAAAAACCUUAGAUGAUUUAAAGAAAGUUGAACAUAAAUUAAACCACCAUCAGAAGAUUGGCUUGAAGUACUUUGAGGAUUUUGAAAAGAGAAUCCCUAGGGAAGAGAUGGUUAAAAUGCAGAAGCUAAUUUUGUCUGAACUUGAGAAACUUGAUCCUGAGUAUAUUGGAACAAUAUGUGGCAGUUUCAGAAGAGGUGCAGAAUCGAGUGGAGAUAUUGAUAUUCUUUUAACUCAUCCUGAUUACACUUCAGAAUCACCCAAAAUGCCAAAGUUACUUCAUGCAGUGGUGGAAAGCCUGGAGGAAAUUGGCUUUAUCACAGAUACACUGUCCAAGGGGGACACAAAGUUCAUGGGUGUGUGCCAGUUAGAUUCUGAAUGUUCCAGCUUUGAAUUUUACCAUCGCAGGAUUGAUAUCAGGUUGAUUCCCAAAGACCAAUAUUACUGCGGGGUUCUCUACUUCACUGGCAGUGACAUCUUCAAUAAGAACAUGCGAGCACGUGCUCUAGACAUGGGCUUUACCUUGAAUGAGUAUUCUAUCCGACCCCUUGGAGUGACAGGUAUGCCUGGUGAGCCUUUACCAGUGGACAGUGAGAAAGAUAUCUUUGACUACAUUGAGUGGAAAUAUCGAGAGCCCAAAGAACGCAGCGAGUGACAACUGAUGAACAGCAAACUUUUUGUGUGUGAAAGUGUGUUUUUGUUUUUAAUGAAAAUAUCUUAAAAGCUGUUUAAAAAAAGUCCUGGCUUUUGUACAAAAGGUUUUUAGAGAUUUCUGUAUUUUUUUUAUUUUUAAUUUAUAAUGACCAGGACUUCUUCCUAUACCUCCUUUUAAGUAAAGUGUUAAUUUCUAAUAUAUGCAGACACAACAAACUAGAAAUAUGUAACCUCUGUAUGGGAGAGCAGUCACCAUGAAUCAUGUUAUCUAGUGACUAGAGAUCAUGGAGGGUACCCUGAUCUAAGGGAAUGAAUGAGUUGCAGAAAACUGGAAGCAGUCUGACAUCAUGGGUUUACAACUUUACUUGAUGUAUGGCAUCAUUUGGAUGAACACAGCUACUUUUACAUUGUAAGUGAAUCUUGCUGAAGUGUGUAGAAGAUUUAUAAAAUACAAAAAAAUAAAUGCAGAUAAAAUUUUAUUCUGUUUUAAUUUUAUUGAAAAAGAAAGAUUUAACAUAAAAAUAUACAUUUAAUUAUUCUGGUUGUAAAAUUCAGAGCUUUUAAGAGGAGGCGUGGAAAGACUAAGCUGAAAGAUAAAGGUGGUAAUAGCAAUAUGCAGUUUUUAUUCUGUUAAAAACACAAAGGAAAAACAAAACUAUGGAAAUGUUAAUAUUUCUGUCAUUGUCUUUAUUUGUGCCUCCAGGAAAAAAGUGGCUUGACCUUCUUAUCUUCACCUUGCAGGACCUGCAGUAUGGAAUGCCAGAUUCUUAACUUUCUCCCGCUUUUUCUACUAUCGGAUCGGAUGGUGUCUGCUAUUCUUUAUUCCAGCUUCUUGCAAUCUCGCCUUAUGCAUUAGUCAGUACUUAACAGUGCCUUGUGUUUUCUUUCGCACUUACAGUGAAUAGGGAUGAGCUACUUCUAGUAUGAAAUGGCCAAUAUGUAUUUUAGAGGUACAGCCAUUUUUAAGUAUCUAUGUAAUAUCUUAUAUUUCAGUUCUUCCUACAUUUUUGAAACUCUGUAUGAAAGACUUAAGACUUAAGUAAAUAUGUUAAGCAACUCACUUUAAUUUUAUUUUCUAAUGAGCAGAUUACGUAAUCUUGUACUAAACUGUACAUAUGUGUAGCAGCUGCCAAUACAACUAGAGAAUGGGCAAAGUGAACCUCAAGUCUGUUGUGAAUGUUCAUGUGUAGGUUUUUGGUUCUAGGAGCAUCCUUUCCAGAGUGUGUCUUAAAUGCUUAUCCAUAAAUAUUAAAAAGACUAUUUGCCUUGCAGUGCUGGUGGUAGAGCUUCUUUGAAUGGAUUCUGUUUUAUGAUCCAUAAUUGAAUUAUUUUUUUUGUUCUCUGUCACACUCCCAGCACUGUCAACCCAGCCUUUGACAUAAUUCCAUAGCUAAGCUUUGGCUUCCUUAGCACCUAAAAGGUCAGUUGAACCAAACCGCUGAAUACAUUUGUUACAAACCAAGAACAUUUUCAUCUUUUGAAGAAAGUAAAUGUUCUCAAACAAUGAAAAGUCUAAAACACAGAACUGUAAUAGGUUAAUGCAAUGAGAAGAGUUGUCUCUUCACACCUAUUUGGGCCCAAUUUAUGGUAAAGGACUGGAUAAGUAUGUAACUGUCGUGUUCAAGAGGAUUUCCGUUUAGUACGUAAUAUUAUUUUUUUUUGGGUGGCCCAACUGUUAUUUUGAAUAUUCUUGCAUAAACUGAUUGAUGUUAUUUACAGGGCCACACUUUACCAAGUGCCAUUUGGUGACAGGCUAAGCUUUUUUCCAAUUGUUAGAUUGAACUAGUGGAGAGAUGAAUGUUUAAACAGUUUGAGAUAUUUUGAUUAAAAUGCCAUUGUAGUGAUUGUUCAUUCAUUAGAAGCAUUGUCCUUCACAAGAAGUGAAUAUGAGGGAUGAUUGGACCUUUUAGUAGACUCCUGGCAGCAGUAUCAAAAUGACUGGUGAAUAAAGUCUUCUGAUGAUGACCCCUUAGGCAGGGGCACAGGGUAUGUCCUUUCAGUGUCUCCGCUUCCUUUUAAGUUUUUUUGAGCUGCUGCCAGCUUCCUUUUUUGUGGAACCUUCUAAGGGCCGCAGGCACACUCGAAGUCGAGAAUUUUGUUUGUCUUUGUUGUCACUCUGAAGUCGACAGCUGAGGCCGGGGCUACACUCACAACGCUGAAACAGCUCAUGGCUCUGGGGGACCUCUUUUCGUCCCCGUUUAGAGCACACCUCUCCCUCCUUGGGCAUGCGCUUGCAAAUCUUGUCCCAGAAGUGGCGUGCACAGCAAUAUCCAGGUGCACAAUCUGAGGUCCGUAGGCAGUUGUCACCUUCCUGUCCUACAUUAAGACAAAAAACAAAUGGGAAAUCUUUUACUUUUUUCCAUACUUUAAAGGUUAGAGAAUGAACUUCCACCCAACCCUUCACUUUUUGAACCUGCUUUAUAUAGUUUAAUAUGAAGUAGAUUCCUAGGCUAUACUAAUAGCAGCAGAUACCGGACUGUAGUAAACUCUAACAGUACACUAGUCCUUCACAGGGCACACAGCCAUACAGGGCCAGUAGGGAGUUGUCAGUUUAUCUAACCAUUUCUCUUGGUACUUUGUAAAGACACUGGCAUCUCUGGGGGAAAAAAGAAAGCUCCCUAGCCAUGAAUCAAACUAAUAUUAUGUUGUAAGAAGCAGUAAUGUACUGUGCUGUCCAGGCAGCACCAUGUCAUAUUUGAUUUAUAGUGUUAUUUGCUUUAUUUUAAAUUAAACGUCUUUUUAACAUGAAGUCAUAAACAACCAACUUACAGCUACUGUACAUUCAUUGGUCUACCGUUGAGGGCUUUUAAUAGUCAGCAAACAACAGGGAAUUAUUCUGUCAAAAUACAUUGCACCUUAAUUACAACAUUUGGCAUCAUGUAGAUCCACACACUUUUUUCUGUCCAAUUUGUUAAGAGAAGGUUUUAAAAAACAAAAAGAAA